UCAGUGUCUUGUACGGUUUAGCUACUUGCUACGGUUGAGAUUUCGAGCUUGGUUAGAUGUUGAUUAUGUAUAUUUAUAUUUACACCCAGAAUAUUGUAAUUAAUAAAUAGUAAAUUAGUUUACGGAGUGGCUUGAGGGGAUGUCGAGAGAUUUUUUUGGAGGAUGUCAUGGAUUUAAAAUGUUUAAAUGUUUAUUAUUAUUAUUAUUUUUUACCGUUAGCAAGCUAGCUGACUUGACUAAUAAUAAAAAACCGGUUAGUCAGAUGAUGUGACUCGCCCAGUCUCUUAUUGUUUUAUAGAUUAUUGUUAUCAUCAAUUUAUCUUUAUUUCUGAGGGAAAAUGGUUUAUUGGCAGUUUUUCUAGCAAACUAGACACAAACUAGUCUUUCUGAUAUAAUAAUAGUAGCUGGUGCGGUUUUUAUGAGUCAGUUUUUGCUCAGACUCAGAGGUUCAGGUUUGCUUCAGCAGAAGCACACACGAUAUAUAAAUAUACAUAAUAUAUAAUAAAUAUAUCACAAUAAACAUUAAUUAGGAUUAGUGAAGUUUUUUUUUAGUUUUUGUCAUCAUCAUGGCUGCAGAACUUCAAGCCAAAUACAGCAAAUUGGCUCAGGAGUACUCAAAGCUCAGAGCACAGAAUCAGGUCCUGAAGAAAGCCGUGGUGGACGAACAAGCCAGUUCUAACGUCUUGAAGGAGGAGGUGAAGCAGCGUGAACAGAGCCUGCGUAAAGCCGAGCAGGAGAUGGACAGCCUGAGCUUCAGGAACCAGCAGCUGGCCAAAAGAGUGGAGCUGCUGCAGGACGAGCUGCAGGUCACCGAGGCCAAGAGUAAAAAGGGCAAGAAUAAAGGAGAUUCGCCGUCCCAGCCCAGUUACCAGACACAGAGCGUGUUUGACGAGGAUCUGCAGAAGAAGAUUCAGGAGAACGAAAGGCUUCACAUCCAGUUCUAUGAGGCAGACGAGCUGCACCGUCAGCAGGAGGCUCGGCUCCGAGCGAGACUGGAGCAGCUGGAGAAAGAUGCUGAGCAGCACCAGGCAGUGGUAGAUGGUCUUACCUCCAAAUACAUGGACACCAUUGAGAAACUACAGAGCGACAAGGCUCGCCUAGAGAUUAAGGUUCAGACGCUCGAGAGAGAGGCCAAGGAGUGUCGACUCAGGACCGAGGAAUGCCAGCAGCAGCUGAGGAAAUAUCAGACAGAGCUGAGCACUCAGAUAAAACACAACAGCAGUGUAAUCCAGGAGAAAGUGCCCUUCAACGACACCAAAUACAGUGACUUCAACAGCUUAAACGUUCCCACACACAAUCGAAGGCAUCAGCUGAAAGCUCGAGAUGCAGUGGGACAGGCUGUCAACUUCAUGCAGGAUCUCGUCUCUGCUCUCCUCAACUUUCACUCGUACACAGAACAAAGGGUUCACAUUUACCCGCUGGACUCGUCUAUCGAACCCGUCUCACCUCUUAAUCAGAAGUUCUCUCAGUAUCUGCAUGAGAACGCUGCCUAUGUGCGCCCCCUGGAGGAGGCCAUGUUGCAGCUGCAUCAGAGCAUCACAGAGGACACGGUUACAGUUCUGGAGACGGUGGGGAAACUGCAGGACUUUUCCAGAUCCUUCUCCACUUACACAAGCUUUCUGCAGAAGAUCCUGCCUUAUCAGCUGAAAAGUUUGGAAGAAGAGUGUGACGUGCCUCUUUGCACAGCAUCCUUGAGAACUAAGAAUCAUGAGCUACAGAGCGAUAUGAAAAGGGUGACUGCUGUGUUUGAGAAGCUGCAGAACUACAUCAGUCUCUUGGCCUUACCAAGUGUGCGUUCAGAUGCCAUGCCUCAGAGCAGCUCCAGCGCUGUCUUCACACAACUUGCUGCUUGUUUACACAGCCUGCACGAUGCCACCAAGGAACUGUCCAAGCACUACAGUCAAAAGGUGGCUCUUGAGCAGGAGCUGCCAAACAUCACUCAGAAGCUGCGCACCACGAAUGAGUGUUUACUCUCCUCCCUGGCCUCCCUCACCAAUAACACAAACAAGAUUGCAACAUUCUUCAGCAACAAUCUGGACUUUUUCACCUCGUCGGCUGGGUACGGGCCCAGAGGCGGAACUGGAAGCCUCAACCCACAGCAGGCACACAGCAUGCUCAGUAACAAAAAGCGCGCAUCUGAAUACAUGCUCGCACUCAGGAGGGCACGUCCUGAGUCUGUUCCCUACACCGAAGCACUGUCUAACCGGCGCAUCCUCACCAGCUCCACAGAGAGCAGAGAAGGUCUCAUGCAGCAGGUGCAGCAGAGUCAGGAGAAAAUUGCUCGUCUGGAGCAGGAGAAGGAGCACUGGCUGCUGGAGGCUCAGCUGGGUCGAGUACGACUGGAGAAGGAGAAUCAGCGCAUUGCUGAGCUGGAGGCCAGACUCUCCUCAGCCCUUGGAGACACCAUUCCUGCACCAGCACACACCGACUCUCUCUCUACAGGACCGUCUGAGGCAGAAAAAGAUGAGAAAAUGGGCAGAGAGGCAUCUCAAAGCACCAGUUUGGUUGGAAUGCUUACCACAACUCCAACUAAUGAGAAUGUUGGAGAUGAAGAGUCUCGGGAGCACCUGAUCAAAACCCACUACAUGGCGCGAGUGGCUGAGCUCACCACACAGCUUCAGAUGUCCGACAGCAAGGCCGUGCACUUUCAUGCAGAGUGCCGAGCACUGGCGAAACGUCUGGCCAUUGCAGAAAAAUCUCGUGAAACUCUCACAGACGGGAUGAAACAAGCCAAUCAGAACAUCACGUCCCUGCAGGAUGAACUGAGCACGACCAAGAGGAGCUACGAGGACCAGCUGAGUAUGAUGAGCGAUCAUCUCUGCAGCAUGAACGAAACCCUGAGCAAACAGCGUGAGGAGAUCGACACACUCAAACUCGGAAACAAGGGAAACUCCAAGAAGAACAAGGGCCGGUAGUUUGGUGUUCGUUCAUUCAGCAUCAGUGUGACCUGAAGGAGGAUGUUGUGGGACCAGGCAGAUUUCUUAAAAACACACACACACACACACACACACACACCUGACCAAAAAUGACUUAGCUUCAUUCAUUCGUUGGUUGAUUUUGUGGAAAACUGACGUUUCAGCAUCUGUAUCUAGUGCUAUUGUGCCGUUUUUCCAUGUAGACAGAUUGUUAAUGAUAUUUACAAAUUAAAACAAAGAUGCAAAGUGUGCAGAAUGGCUGAACGAUCAUGUACUGAUCAUAUUGCAAUUAUAAUUUUGACCACACACACAGAGCUUCACAUUUCAUGUGACUGUUUGUUUCGUUCCUACUUCCUGUUUAAAGACCCUGAUUGGUUUCCAGAAUACUGAGGACAUUAAACCGUGCACAUAAAAUGUGCUUAUGUCCUUAACGUGAUACUAUUACAGUGUAGGAAACAGCAGUGAUUUUUUUUGGGGGGGGGGUAAUAUUUAUCAACUGUGCUCACGUUGCAGAGGCAUCUCCCCUCUGCCUAUAGUCAUGUUUCUUGUUUAUUCUUUGUUUCAGAGAUGCUUCACUGAUAACACUGACAUUAGAAGCUGUUUGGUGUUUCAAAACAACAAAAUUACUUAGUCCACCUUUAAUAGUUUUGAAACUGGUUAGUUGUGGUUUGGGUUUUUUUUUUUUUUUACUUUUUUUUUUUAACAAAAGCCAUUAGUGAAAUCUGUAUUUUUACAUUGUUUUGAUAAACUGCUACAGCAUUUUCCGUAACUGAAUACCUUAACCCUUGCUCUGUUAUACGCCAUUUUUUUUAAAUGUAGAGGAUAAUGGACAGAAAUCUGGGAUAUUAUUUUAAACUUGAUAGUUAUUCUUCUUACUAUAAUUACCCCUACGAAGCUAUAAAUCAUGCAGUGAAAUGUCAGUUAAACACAGAAGCCAACGUGCAAAUCACAAUAUUACACUCAGUCCCACAUUAGCAGGCUUUUUUUUUUUUUAAUCCUUAAUAUCUGAUGCUGAUUGCUGUACUUGCAUAAGGCAGAAUGAGUUUAAUGGCUCGAACAUUUCAUUUUGUGUCGUCAUUCUCUGCAAACUAUCAUUAUUUUAAAAUGUAGUAUGCAACCUAAGUGAGAGACACACACACUUAUAGCCCAUAUUAAAUAUGUAAAUCCAGUACAGGAGAUGAGUCUGUACCUCAGUUGUACUUCAGCAUGUAGCCAGAGAUUAUAAUCAGUAAUGUAGAGAGCUGUUAAAGGUAAAAGCUCUCACUGUGAUCAGCUGUGAAUACUAAAAUGUUAUAAUUAUGCACUGGGCAGAGUUUUCUGCAGAGGAAAAAAAAAUCAGAAUGGGAAAACAAAAUGUUAAUGUGAAUAUAUGUAUGUUCAAUUCAUAUCAUGUCUAUAUGUUUAUUUCCACUACUACCAAACUUUUAUAUGGCUUUCUUUCAACCAGUGAAAUCAAUGUUGUGUAAAAUUUAUGUCCAGAUAAAUCAGUAAAGCUCUGAGAAACUGAUGCUCUGUUUUAACCAUAACCAUUCAUGUUUUUUUUUUGGUCAUGAAUCACCAAUGAGUUUACAAAGAUCCAUGUAAUUGCUUCUCUUCAAGUUUACAAUCGUCUUCUGGUGGGAGCAAAACUGCAAACGAUCAUUUGUCUGUUUAAUCUUCUUGACAUACUGAUCAAAUCUCAAAAGCAAAGCCCUGUAAAUGAAAACAUGACAUGAAUAAUAAUAAAACGUACUAGAAUGGUGUGUUUUCACUUCAUAUUAUGAACAUUUAGCAAAAGUUCUACUCUUUAAAUUACAUUAAUGGCAUUUAGCAGACGCUCUUAUCUAGAGCAAUGUACAACAUACCCAGAGCAGCCUGGGGACCACCUGGAGGUUAGGUGCCUUGCUCAAGGGCACUUUAGCCACUCCUGCUGGUCCAGGGACUCAAAGCUGCUCCUCUAACCAUUAGGCCAUGGCUUCCCCAAACGAAAAUGAAACUUUUAUUUCAUAUGAGCUGUAUUUACAAUACUAAUAAAAAAAAGAAAAAUGGUAA